ACGGCGUGCCGCCGAAAAAAGGAAAUAUAUAUAGAUAGGGCUCUAUAAGUUUCUUGCAUAUCAUUCGCUUUCCAAGUGUGCGCCCUCUCCGAGGAGCAAUAGCUCUCCCGAUUGUUGAACAACUGUUAUAUCCACUGGAUAUUUUGUUUUUGUUUGUUUGAUUCGUUCUUUUUGUCAAACAAGUUUUCUUUUUUUUUGUAUUUAUUUUCAAUCGCUGAAACAAGAAUUUUCGGAUAUGUAACCGAGCGACAGACGCGAAAUAUCAGCUGUCGACAAGCGCUUGAUCGAGAGAGUGUGAGUUUGAAACUUUUUGACAUCACUUUUGCAAGCGUCGUUCAUAUUGGUGACAAAAAAGGCAAUGACGACUGGGAUUUCAUCGUUUGAAUUUGGCGGGCGCUACUGUUGGUGCUGUGUUUGCUUCUUAUGGAUUUGGACGACAAUGACAGUGUCCGGGACGUUGAUGAUUCAGCAAAUUCUGGUUCCGGUCCAAGUCAUGAGUGGUUCUAAUGUGGUACUUCGCUGUCUAUUUGCGGAAAUUGGCUCUAACUCAACUCCGAUUUCGGGUAAUCACAAACAUGGCAUUACGGAAUACGAUCCCGCUGCCGCAGGUCCGCUCUAUUCUCUCAAGUGGUAUAAAGGUUCGCACGAGUUUUACCGGCAUCUUCCGAGAGAAAACCCACCGACAAAAGUCUUCCAUUGGUCACAGUUUAACAUAGAGACGGAUGCGAUGGAGCCGGGCAAAGUGAUACUGCGCGGCGUCAAUUCGGAGGCCGAGGGAUCGUACAAAUGCGAAGUAUCGGCAGAGGGGACUUUCCACACUGAUUUCGCCGAGGCAAAUCUCACCGUCAUUGAUGUCGAAAACGAAUCCUUGAAUCUGGUACAAGAUUCGCCGUUGGAAGAAGCCAGAACGGGUGACCGGAGAAAGUGGAAUUGCACUUUUGGCCAGAGUCGACCACCGGCUCACAUAGCCUGGUUUAUCAAUGGCGAACCGGUGGCAUCCAGCAGUCCCUACAGCACGGCGAACAGCAGAAGUGCAGUGGAAGAACAGAGCGGUGAAGCCGAAAUGAACUCACGAACCGGUGCGACAAAACCCUUGGAAUUCGUCAACUCUGUCUUGGAAUUAACUCUUUCCGAACGUCACUUUAAAAAUCAGUGGUUACGAGUCUCUUGCGUGGUACAAAUCGGCAGUGGAUUUAAAAAGACGAAAGAGAUCCACAUCCGACAACAGAAGCAGGGCUCAGCUGACCGUCCAACUAACCAUAAUCCGUCAGCUGUGGUUGGUCCGAAUGGCAGCAGAACUGGAACUAAUAGAGAGAACGAAUUCCAACCCUCGACCAUGUCAAAAAUUGCUGGAUCGCCAAAGGCUACUAUAGCGGACUCGGGGACGAGCUCACUAGUUAAUAUGACUGGUCAAUCAUCGUUCAGCUGGAUGCUACUUAUGCUCAUUUUUAUUCAAACAAUGCAUGCCAAAUGUUUUUGAGAAGUCGUUUGUU